UGAAACGAAAUGAAAUUUGGUUGAACAAGUGUAGGCCACACACAAACAAGACAAAGUGGAUGAUGAUCCAAUUAAGAAUCUCCAACCAAAUAUUUGGAUAGUUCAUAAGAAACCAUCCUGAUGUUCACUCUAAAAGCAGAGUCUCCAUUACAAUCAACAUGGACUCUGCUCGAGAACUGCUCAAACAUGAAGCAAUUGAAACAAAUUCAAGCUCAAAUGAUCAAAACAGCAAUCCUCUCAGAACCCAAAUUAGCUACAAAAUUUCUAACCCUCUGCACUUCACCCCAUGUCGGCGAUUUGCUUUACGCUCAAAGGGUAUUCAAUGGAAUCACCAGUCCUAACACUGUCAUGUGGAACGCCAUUAUAAGAGCCUAUUCUAACAGUAAAGAACCAGAAUUAGCAUUUCUCUUGUAUCAGCAAAUGCUUUCUUCCUCGGUACCGCACAAUUCCUAUACCUUCCCUUUCUUGCUUAAAGCUUGUCGUAAUUUGUCGGCCUUGGGUGAGGCACUUCAAGUUCAUGGACUGGUUAUCAAACUGGGAUUUGGGUCGGAUGUUUUUGCAUUGAAUGCUCUGCUUCAUGUUUAUGCUUUGUGUGGUGAGAUUCGUUAUGCACGCCAAAUGUUUGAUAAUAUUCCUGAAAGAGAUGCUGUUUCUUGGAACAUAAUGAUUGAUGGGUAUAUCAAAUCUGGGGAUGUAAAAACGGCUUAUGGGAUUUUCUUGGACAUGCCAUCGAAAAAUGUGGUUUCGUGGACGUCUUUGAUUUCGGGGCUUGUUGAGGCAGGACUGAGCGUAAAAGCUUUGAGUCUUUGUUAUGAGAUGCAGAAUGCAGGAUUUGAACUUGAUGGUGUUGCUAUUGCGUGUUUGCUCACUGCUUGUGCGAAUCUUGGAGCGUUGGAUCAAGGAAGAUGGCUCCAUUUCUAUGUGCUCAACAAUGGAGUCGAUGUUGAUCGAGUAAUUGGCUGUGCUCUUGUCAAUAUGUACGUAAAAUGUGGGGAUAUGGAAGAAGCCUUGCGUGUGUUUGGGAAACUGAAGGGUGAUCAGAAAGAUGUGUGUAUUUGGACGGCUAUGAUUGAUGGCUUUGCCAUUCAUGGGCGUGGAAUGGAAGCUCUGGAAUGGUUCGACCUAAUGCGAAGAGAAGGAAUAAGGCCAAAUUCCAUCACUUUCACUGCAGUUCUAAGGGCUUGUAGCUAUGGGGGACUGGUUGAAGAAGGAAAGGAGUUAUUCAAGAGCAUGAAAUGUCUCUAUAACUUGAGUCCAUCUAUUGAGCAUUAUGGGUGUAUGGUUGAUCUUUUGGGUCGAUCUGGGCGGCUGAAUGAAGCGAAAGAGUUGAUCAAGAAUAUGCCCAUGAAACCUAAUGCUGUAAUAUGGGGAGCUUUUCUGAAGGCCUGUUGGAUUCAUAGAGAUUUUCUGGUGGGUAGCCAAAUCGGAGCUCACCUGGUGGAAGUCGAUUCAGAUCACAGCGGGCGGUACAUUCAGUUGGCUACAAUUUUAGCUGCACAAGGUAAAUGGAAAGAAGCAGCCGUAGUGAGGUUGAAGAUGAAGAAUCUGGGAGUCCCAAUUUCCCCAGGAAAGAGUUCAAUAACUUUGAAUGGCAUUGUUCAUGAAUUCCUUGCUGGACAUCAAGAUCAUCCACAGAUGGAGCAGAUUCAUUUGAAACUGAAACAGAUUGCAGAGAGACUACGACAAGACGAAGGUUAUGAACCUGCAACUAAAGAUUUGUUGCUUGAUCUUGAGAAUGAGGAUAAAGAGACUGCAAUAGCGCAACACAGUGAGAAGUUAGCUAUUGCUUUUGGAUUGAUCAAUACAAAACCAGGUACGACAAUUCGGGUUGUUAAGAAUCUUAGAAUCUGUAGAGAUUGUCAUACUGUAGCAAAGCUCGUAUCUCAAAUCUAUUGUAGAGAGAUUAUAAUGCGUGAUAGAGUUCGAUUCCAUCAUUUUAGAGAUGGGAGUUGUUCUUGCAAAGAUUAUUGGUAGAGGGGGCAAGAUUUGAUGUUCUUUUGUUGUUUAUGCAUUCUCCAAUUCUCACUGUAAAUGUGUAAUAUAACAUGAUUUUUUGUGUAACUAUGUUAAUAUUAAAAUAGAUAUCUUAUAGUGUGUCUCAA